CACCUCAGUCUCCAGACCUCCUUAUGCCUUCCCCUCUCCUUUAAACAACCUGGAAGCGAAAGUAAACUCACACUGCUCGUUUCUCCCUUUUCCCUCUAUAAGUAAAACGGACUGCCUGGAAAUAGUUGGGAGUCAAAAAGCUCGGUCCGAAGAGAUUUAAAGAAAAGAGAAACAGUCCGAAUCCAGAUGAUCUAACAGGAUGUUUCAGUGUUUGGAUUUGAUCGCUUUGACUUGUCUGGUUCUUGCGGCUGAAACCGCAUCAGGCCAGAUCCCACCACCUCAGAAUCUGUCUGUGUUUUGGGAAAAUGACUUUACUCCAGAGUUCUCCUGGAUACCCCCUCCUGACUCCUUACCCAACUGCACAUAUGAUGGCAUGAUGAGUGGGAAAUUUGGGUUUUUAUAUAAAAUUGACAUCAGUGCUACAACUUUUAAGCCUAAAAGAAAAGUUUUCAUGGAAGAAGGGCACAUGUAUAAAUUUUCUUUGACCAUUGAAUGUGGCAAAAAUAACAAAAGUGAACCAGCAAUUUUGGAAAUAAAUUACCCAAAACUGUUGACCUCACGGGAUUGCUACAGGCGUACCUCCAACGAUGUUCGCUGCUCCUGGACCCCUUCCCCGGCAGCUACAGGUCUUCGCUUUUUCUAUGGGAUGGAGUUUCAUUAUGAAGACAGAAUAGAAGAGAUGCAAGAAUGCACAUCAUACAUCUACAAUGGUGGUGUAAAGUCUGGAUGUGAUUUGAAUGCGUCCAGUAAUGCAGUAAUUGAGAUUGUGUUCAACGCAACACUGAACAAUACACUUGUUCGGAAUACAUUCCUUGAGGAUCAUUUAAAAUUGAAACCACCUCCCCCUGAAGUGAAUGUCACAAAAACUGAGUCAGAGUUCAAAAUUAGCUGGAAUGAUCCAGGAGAGCUAGGAUUAAAUACAUUCAAACUAAAUUCCUAUUGCAAUGAUGUCAAGGAGGAGUUUAUAAUAGAAGAAAGACGAUGGGAAACGGUGAAGCGGGACCGUAACUGUCGGUACUGCUUUUCAGUUCAAGCUCAAGAUAUUGAUAACUCGCCGGAAAGUGAACAGAAAUGUUUUGAUGCGGAUUCUAAUGUUGAUCUUUCUUUGUUGGCGUGUGGUCUUGCUGUUGUCCUGAUAGUUAUCUUGGCAGUCCUGUUCUUUUUGUGGUUUCAAAGGAAAAAAGAAACAAUUUUCCCCAAGGUGCCAGCACCUCGAGACUACCUCAGCGAUAUAUCCAACAAUAGUCAGAGCUCUUUUCGCAAGUUGUUCAUUGAAGCAGAGGAAGAAGAGAACUGUAAAGUCACUCUGGUGAAAGAUGCAUAAACCAACAAACCAAACUGUUGCCACAUCUCCGCUUUCAGCUCACACGUCCUAAGAAGAACUGUGUCCCUGUAUUGGUACACGGUGUGAAUAAAAUAGCUUUCUAGGCUGUAUUAAGUAAUAGAGGAAAAUUGUUGAAAUUCACAAACAAGUGUUAUCACAAUCAACUGUAAACACAUGUUUGGGAGCUUUUACAUUUUUUUAUUGUUUGCAUAUUUCUCAGGAAACUGCAGAUUAAGAGGUCAGAUUUUACAAUAACAUUUGUUUAUAGGGGAGUCAACAAUUCUUCCAGACCAGUUCACAGCAGCUACUUAUUUGCAGGGGAAGUUUACAAGGAUAACUUUGCACUAGAAAAACCCUGCAGGGCUGAAAUAUUUUUGCGGACUGUUUCUCUGAGACCCUUUGGACACAUGCAGCUGUUCUACCUUACCAGCAGCAUCCAGAUUAGGAUUUUUUUUUUCAUAUAAUCUAGUAAGUCUUUCCAGUGUGGAAUAAAUUUUUUUUUUAUAUUU